AUGCCAACCAAUUAUCGUAGAAUAUCAGCGAAAUUUCCUCGCUUUCCAACUUACUCCAGGAUAAUUCCUGGUCCGGAAAGAAUUCAUGAAUCAGUUUUAAUUCGUGAAAAUGAAUUAUUGGAAUAUCCACCGGAUGGUAAUGUAACAACAAUGUUUGAGCUAUUACAGCGAGCUAUUUGGUUGACAAAUAACGGUGAUUUUAUCGGUGAACAAACUAAAAACGGUACAUAUAAAUGGAAAACAUACAAGCAGAUAUAUACUGCAUCACAUAAGAUUGGUUCUGCUUUAUUACAACUUGGCAUUGAUGCAGGCGAAACUAGCCGAGUUGGUUUAGCUGGCGUUAACUCGGCUCGUUAUAUCAUUGCUCAAAAUGCUUUGAUGAAUUAUUCUAUUGUAUCGGUACCACUGUAUUACAACUAUAAUAUGGAUGUUCUAUGCACAAUUAUUGAACGUUGCAAUUUGGAAUUAAUUUUCUGUGAUACUGUUGAGAGAGCCAAUAAAUUUGUUGUUGAAAUACAACAAAAAAAGCUUAAAAAGCUGAAAAAAAUUAUCAUUUUGAAUGAUUCGAAAGAGAAAAUUGAUCGUGAAUUUUGCAAGCAUUCAGAAAUUGAGGUUUAUGAUUGGGACUAUGUAUUGGAACUUGGUGACGCACAUCUAAAGCCAGUAACACCGCCAUCACCAUCGAGUAUUUAUAUCAUUUGUCAUACCAGCGGUACAACAGGAACUCCUAAAGGUGUUCAAUUGUCGCAUCGAGCAAUCCUAGUUUCGAUGAGUGGGCUAUAUGUUCAAUGGUGUUUACCACCUCAUGAUAUUAUUUUUGAUGAAAAUGACGUAUACCUAUCAUUUCUGUCGCUUGCUCAUAUUUAUGAACAACUAUUUGAGGCAUUUAUCAUUUACAUUGGUGGUCGAAUUGGUAUAUAUGGUGGUGAUCCAAAACGAAUAAUUCAUGAUAUGCGACUGCUACGACCAACAAUUGCUGCUUUAGUACCACGAUUGUUGAAUCGUUAUCAUGAUAUAGUGCUGGAAAACGUAAGAAGGCAAAAUAUUAUCAAACGAUUCAUCUUUCAUUUAGCAUUAAAAUCCAAAUUACGACAAUUAGCCAAAGGACAACUUCAUUUUAAUACAAUAUGGGAUAAAACUGUUUUCAAAAAAACUCGAGCCCUAUUUGGUGGUCAAUUACGACUGAUAACAUCUGGUGGUGCACCAAUUUCCACUGAUGUAAUGAAUUUUUCACGAGUUGUUUACGGCUGUUUACUGGUUGAAGGCUAUGGUCAAACGGAAUGUUCUGCAGCCGGUACCAUAUCGUUACCUUUUGAUACUGUUGCUGGACAUGUUGGUGGACCAGCAGUUUGGGCUCAAGUGAAAUUAGUGGAUGUAAAAGAAUUAGGAUACAGUGCAGAAGAAAAUACCGGUGAAGUGUGUUUCCGUGGUGCUGGUCUUAUGGAUGGUUAUUUUGACGAUCCAGAACUCACAUCAAAAACAGUAGAUCAAGAGGGUUGGUUACAUACCGGUGAUAUUGGAAUGUGGUUACCUAAUGGUUCAUUGCGUAUUAUUGAUCGGAAAAAUACUUUAUUCAAAUUAGCACAGGCAGAUUUUGUAUCGCCUGAGCAAAUUGAAAAUGUCUACCUACAACAUCCUUUGGUGAAACAGAUUUUCGUUUAUGGAUCAACCAUGCAUGCAUAUUUGAUAGCUAUCGCUGUUGUUGAUGUUGAGAAACUCCGUGCUGAUAUUCAAAAAUCAAACAAGAAGUGUGAGUUUGGAAACUUAUCAAUGAAAUCUCAAUUAUCCACGGAAGAAUAUCUUUCGGAUCGAAAUGUACGACAAUAUUUCCUAGCUAAGCUACGAAAAUUUGGUAGCAGCAAAGGUUUGAGUGGCAUUCAACAAGUUAGAAACAUACACUUAUUGGAGGCAGAAUUCACAGUCGAAGCCGGAUUACUGACACCAACUUUAAAGAUUAUCCGGAAUAAACUCAGGAGUAAAUUCAAGGAUACCUUGGAUGAAAUGUAUCGUGAGGAAUUGGAUUUAUGUUGA